CGCCAACCUAGCGUAACAUUCUCAUCCCAAAAGCCACCGCCUCACCUCCGCAUCUGUACGGUGUAAUCGUCUCACCAACACCCGCCUCAACAUCUUCUUCGACCACAACCAUAGCCAUUGGCACUCGCCCCUGCGUCAACCGAUCAUCAUUUUCCAUCUUCUUUUGGCAUCACUUUCACCCUCUAUGUUCGCCGGUCGCCACCAUUAAGCUCAUAGACCGAUCGCCACUGUGUUGUCCUCACCGACAACCGGUCAUCAUAUACAUUCGACGCCUCCGACGACUCUCAACACCUUUACUACGCCCAAUCGUCAACAAAGUUUUCAUAGCCAUUUCUUUGGGCUGCAAGCAAUGAUGAAGUUGUAAAAAGGUGGAACCCCUAAUUAUUUGUAUAAGCAAGGUUUUAUAGAACUGUUGAUCUCAGGGCUUUGUUGUGGAUGAACAGUUUGGCCAGCUUCGUUAUAUGGUAUCAUUAUUAAAUUUCAACAUAUACGAGGACAUCAAACCAAAAGCAAUUAGACUUUCAUCAUUCAUCAUCUUCAUCAUUACCCCAGUGUCGCAAAGGCUCCCACCUACGUUUGGGCCAGUAAGGUGAUGCAAGGAUGUCUUCAGCAGAUAUGAUACAACAGGAUCGGAAAGCAGCUGAGAUUGACAAAGUAGAUAUCCACUCAUCUUUCAGUCCAGAUGAUGAUGAGGAUGACUUAUGGCACGUCGAUGACGGACCAUCAUGUGGUGAUCCUUUUGAAGAAGCAGACAAUGCAUCUGAUUUGGAAAGGGAGUGGAAGAGGAGGCAUGACCAGUUCCAUAAUAUGGGAUAUCGUGAUGGCCUUAUAGCUGGAAAAGAAUCAUCAGCACAGAAAGGGUUUAAUGCUGGUUUUAUAGAAUCAGUAUACAUAGGAUACAAAUGGGGUGUGCUCAGAGGCGUAAUUGGGUUAGUAAGAGAAACCGGCUUCAUUUUCUUGCAAUGAACAUGUGUAAUUGAUAUAGCUCUCUCUCUCUAAUUGAUGAAGGACUCUGGCAUGCCUUCCACCUGAACUGCAAGAAAGGUUGAUAACAGAGGAAAUUAGAAUGAAGUUCCACAAAUUUCAAGAAUCUCUACAGCCUGUUUCUGCUGUGGAGGAUGCAUUGAAGAUGUUCAGUGAAUCCCACCUGUCAAAGAGAUCGGCAGGAGAGCAAAAAGGUGAGACUGUAGAAUCUUCUGAUGGUUGUUUCCAUAAUUACCAAUGUGAGUUUGAAUCGCUUAUCUGCGAGUUGCCUGCAGUUAAUUUGCUUUCAAAAGCAAACUACUAGUGUAUACCUUUAUCAUACUUGAUUGUGCUGUGUUGUGUUUUGUCCAUCACCAAAAUAUUUCUGCCGCUACAUUGUUCGCAGUUUCACACUUUACACCCACAAGAAGAAAUAGUGUCUCAAUUAUCAAGUGUCAAUGAAUGUUCGAAGACAUAGGCUUUGACCUCUUCUACUUUUUAUUUUUAACUUAUUAAUUUUUUUCUGAGUAAA